AGGGACACAGCUAAACUUCAAGUAUUUUAUACCUGUGUUUAUAUGUAUAACAAUACUGGUAUGUACUUAUCAACAAGGUAUUAUAUUUCCUCGAAUCGCAAUUCACGAAAACCUAGUGGAGGAAGUAUUAGUGGAUAAAACAGUCGAUGUAGGAGUAUUUACUAUAAAUACCCCGGGUUGUAAAAUACCAUAUUUUCAGCCUUUUGAUAAAAAUAUUUUGGAUUAUUUAGAGCAACCAGGCACACAUGUUUGUAAUGACGGCAUACCUGCGUUAUUUGAGUCAGACAGAGAUUCUAUAACAAUAAUAGAGGAUUCAUUGCCCUUUUAUAAUGUAACCAAUAUAAAUAAUCUGACAUGUUGUUACAAAACAUUCUGGAGAGAAGAUCCUGAUGAUGAUGCUGCAGACAAUAAAAUAAGCUACAGUAAACACUGCCAAACAUUUGUAAAUAAAACUGAAGUAAAACAAGAGUUUAUAAAAGUUAAGUGCAGCUACAAUAAUCGUCGAAUUUAUAAGGAUAUGUUCGUUUUUGUUCCUAUAAAAAAUCUAUCAGACACACAAAAAGAUCUGGAUAAAAACGAUGAUUAUUUAAAUAUUCUAGUGAUAGGCUUAGAUUCAAUUUCUAGGUUAAAUUUUCAUAGACAGAUGCCAAAAUCAGUAAAUUAUUUGAAGCAAAUUGGUGCCGUUGAAAUGAUAGGAUACAACAAAAUUGGAGAAAAUACGUUUCCCAAUGUAUUAGCAGCAUUAGCAGGUAGACAUAUAGAGGAAAUCCAGAAGGAUUGCUGGCCAACUGAUAAUCACCACUUUGAUAACUGUUCGUUCGUUUGGAUGGACUACAAACAAAAAGGUUAUGUAACAGCUUUUGACGAGGACUCUUCAUCGAUGGGAAUCUUUAAUUUCUAUAAGAAAGGUUUUAAAAAACAACCGACGGAUUAUGGGUACAAUUAUUUUGAUCGGGAGGCUAUGAGGAGGAUAGGAAAUACUGCUUUUGAAAAUGUUCAACUUUGUCAAGGAGCAAGAUGGGUACAUAAAGAGCAUUUAAAAUAUAUGACUAACUUCAUUCGAACAAUGAAAGAAAACUCAUUAAAGUAUUUCGGUUUCUUCUGGGAGAAUAGCAUAUCUCAUGAUGAUCUAAAUUUACCUAGAAUAGGUGAUGAUGAUUAUUAUGCUGUAUUUAAAUAUUUAAAAGAGAAUGGUCAUCUUAAUAAUACAGUCCUCUUCGUCAUGAGCGACCAUGGGAUAAGAUGGGGAGGAAUAAGAAGUACAUUUCAAGGAAUGAUGGAAGAAAGGUUACCGUUCUUAUAUGUAUAUCUUCCAGAAUGGUAUAGACAUAAAUACCAGCAACUUUAUAAUAAUUUACAAAAAAAUUCGUUACUUUUAACGACGCCAUUCGAUUUACACGAGACUUUUGUUGAUUUAUUAAAUAUAGAAAAUAUCGAUAAUAAUAAUAAUAGUAUCAAUACAUCCAGAGGCGUAAGUUUAUUAAGAGGAAUUAGUGAAUAUAGAACUUGCGAAGAUACGGGCAUUGUCAGUCACUGGUGUACAUGCCAAAAAAGUGUAGAACUUGAUGUCAAUAAUCAAACUAUCAAGACUGUAGCUAAUUUCUGUGUUAACUAUAUUAACGAUCUACUGUCUGAAUAUCCUAAAUGUGCAGAUUUAAAGUUAGAUCGUAUAUCAAGUGCAAGAGUUAUGGAGCAUAGCCAAGAAAUAACAGGAGAUUUUCAAGUAUCAGAUUACAUGUUAAGUUUCACAACAGUUCCUGGAAAUGGUUCAUUUGAAGCAACCGUAAGAUAUAUGUCAAAAUCUAAAACCUACACUAUUGUUGGUUCAAUUAGUAGGCUAAAUUUAUACGGCGAACAAAGUGCUUGUAUUUCAGAUUAUGAGUUAAAAUUAUACUGUUAUUGUACCUGAUAUAAUAAAAUUUAUAAGAAUAAUAUUUUUAUAGUUAUUGUAAA